AUGGAUUAAGGAAGAGUCACUCUAGAUAGACAGUAAACUUAGCAACUUGAAAGUGGAUUCAUUGUGGCACAGUACUUGCUAAAGCUUAAUUAAAUUAAGCCAAUUGAAAAGUUAAAUACAGUGGCUUUGGGUGGAUUGAAGAGUUCUCAUAAUCCCACUUCAAGAUUAUUCAAUUGGAAUACCAUUCUCAAAGAAUGUGAAAAGAGUCUUAUAGUCUCAGGAGAUCAUGAAUGCAUACUAGAGGUUAUUCAGAGCAUAACUGAGUUUGAAAAGAAAAUGGUAGAGGAUAUGAAGCUUGGCAAUAGAUCUAUAUCUAAAAGAAAGAAGCAAAAAGAGGGAGAUCAGCCUAUCGAUAUUGUCUCACUAAACCCAGAUAGAUCUUUGAAUGAAACUGAAAGCACAUUGGAGUAUAUUAUUGUUUCACUUUGCCAAGCUCUUUCAUUGCAGCCAAAGUAAGCAGCAGGUCUUUUAACAAAUCAUAAUCACUACCUGCUUCAUGCCUGCAUAAAAGGUGUAAAGAGUAACUAUGAAUAAAUCUUGAAUUGGUAUCAACUCAUCUACACAACAUCAAAGCAUCUCUCAGCAUUAACAAUGGAAUCCUUUGCAACUAAAACUUUUCAUGGUGAAAAUAAUAAUCAGGGUGGUUACAUGCUUUUGAAUGCUUUGAAAUGUGGAUUUUUUUCUGAAUCUUUAACUGUAGCAGAAUGGACAAGCAAGCUCUUUGCUAAGAUAGCUUAGGACUUUGAUAACAACAGCUAACUAAAUGACUUAUAUUAGUGGUUUGUGCAAGUACCUACUCAAAAGAAUGGCUAAUUAGGAGGGGGUUUCGAGGCAACAUUAUAUGCAUUAAAUAAGCAUCCAUAAAUAGUAGAAAACGUUACUCUUUAAAUCGUUUCAACAUUCAGAGGAUAAUUCGAUAAAAUAAUACCAGAGAUAAGGACUAAUCAUGCAAAGAAAAAUUUGCCUUUCCUCCCCUAGCUUUUAUGUGAAUUACUUCCAUUCAUAAUGAGAUAGAAUAAAGAAGACACAGUUAAUAUACUUCUAUAUGAAAGUGGAAUAAUUUAAGAAUGCAUUUAAAACAGUGAUCCUGAUACGAAACCUGAGCAAUUGCUUAGAGCUCAAAGCUUAUCCUUAUUAGCUGAGAUAUGGUCGCUAGAACCUAGCCUAAUUUAAGAGAAUAAAAAUAUUAUUGAAGAAGGUUAAACACUCUUGGAAACUGUGCUUAAAGUUUUUAAAAGAGGUUGCAGAGAUCAGAGUAGGCCUCUUAGGAUCUCAACAUUAGGAUUAAUAUUUAAGUUAUUAGACUAAUUUGCAAUGAUCAGAAAUAAUUAAGCACCUGUACUCUAUAAAAUACUAACGUUCUCAUUAAUCGAGAAUAUUGAGGACGAGGUCACAAGAGAGUUCAUGAUGCAUAGCUUUUCUGAAAUUUACCAGAACCAUUAAAGUAUUCCAGUGAUUAUUCUAGUAGAGCCACUAUUAAGAAUAAUGCAAGUAAAUGAGAAGCCAUAUCCUCUCAAUAUUUUUGACUUUGAAUUCUAUUCAGAUUUAGCCAAACACCCGAAACUGACUGCCUCCCCGUUUGGAUUAUAACUAAUGGAUCAAUUUGCGAAGAUAUACUUGAAUAGUCCUCUAUGGGCAUAGCCUGCCUCUGUACCUUUAGUCAUCUUGGCAGAUAGAUUUUAGUAAGAUCCCAAUAUCUAAGACUUCUUAAUGAAAUUUGUUUCAAUAACUUUGACAUCAGUUUUAUCACUUAAGAGAGCUUUUGAAUUAGUUUAGACUAAAGGCAAACCCAAAUAACUAGCUUUACCAUCUUCUCAAGGACCAGAUGGUCAUAAUUUGGCGGAAGAAGAUGAUCAUACUAAAAAAAUUAGAAGGUACAAUAUAGUUACAAUUACAAAGAAAAUCCUGAAUUUGAAGAUUUCUGAAGAAUUUAACGAUCAAAUUAAAGAUAUGGUUUUAAGUAUAAACAGAAGACAUAAGCAACUCUAUGGUACAAUGAAUAAGGGACUAGUUCAUUUGCUAGAAUUUUGGUUCGCUAAGGGUAAAGUAGCAAUGGAUGAUUAUAUAAAGCAAAUGGAUGACAUGGAGAAAAAAUAAGUAGAGGAUGAAGAAAAAAGAGUUGCUAAAGCUGCUCGUGUUGAAGAAGUUGCAAGAAUCAAGGCAAAAUAUUAUCAUUAAGAAAACAAAGAUUAGAAAGGAUAUUAUUCAGAAAGAGACUUUGAAAAUGCUUCCUAAGCAUCUGGCCAACCUGGCAGCCCUGGAAGAUAAAAUUCUUAAGGAGCGAUGCGAGCUUUAGUUCCUUGGAUUCAUAAAGAACCUAAAAAUCCAAUUGAGAAAAAAGCAUUACAGCAAAUUGAGACUAUCAAGUAAAAGAGAGACGAAAAAGCUUUCAAACAGAAGAUGGAUGAAGAAAAGAAGAAAGCUAUAGAUGAAAAGAAGAAGCAUAACCUUCAAGAAGAACUGCAAAAAAGAAAAUACGAGAUGGGUCUUAUAAGAAAAGAAGAUAAUUAACAAGUUGCUGUAUAUCAGGCAACUUAAGAAACUCCUAGAAACCAAGCAUCUGCUAAGCCUACCAAGCAAGCAGAUUUGGACAAUAUGAGACUCUUAGAUUUGGAAAAUGAUGAAGAGGAUAGAGAAAAAGAUGGCGUUAAAAUCCUCCUGUAAAAGUAUCAAAAGCCUUUUAAGUUCCUGUUUAACAAGUAUGCAAUGAGCAGAUCACAACACAAGAAAGUCUAAAGCUUCGAUUACUAUGGAGAUAAAACAAUCAAUUUAGCGGAGGUUAAUAAACUGCUCAGAGAUCAUGACAUAAAUCAAAAUAUGAUAAAUAAGGAUCAAUUACAGACAAUAAUAAGACUUUUAAAUAACAAACUCUAUAGAAGAUUGGAUCUAAGUGCUCUAGAUUUCGGGGCUUAUAUGCAGCUUGUUGUUUAAAUAGCACACUUUAUCUAUCAAAAAAACUAUUCUCACUUGUCGCCCUCUGAGAUGGUACUGAGAUUAAUCUAGCACUUUGAAAAAGCAACAAGAAGUAGAGGUUAAAGUACCUUACUCUAUGAGGACCCAGAUAUUACAUCUAUUGGUGAUUAGGAUGUACUAAAAGAAAUGAAUAAAAGAUUGAGAGAUAAUCCUGAGAUGAUGAUACCAGAAGGGUUUUAUAAAGUAACUGAGAAAGAGCAAAUAUUUAAGUAUGAAUUGCCUGGCUAUUUAGAAAUAGAUGAGAAUAAGAAGAUUUGCCUAGAAGUCCUAGACCAGAUAAUGAGUGAAAAUAUGGGUUUCCAUAUUUUGGAAGCACUAGUCAGUUAUGAAUAAAGGGUUAAAGUUAAACCUAGGAUAAAGCAAGUCUCAAACAUUAUGCCACAGUAAAAUGCUAGUAUUCAAUAUAUGAGACCAGUGGAGAAGAAAUCGUUUGUAGCUGCAAAUUAAUCUUAAAAUUAGAUGUAACCUAAGCCAGUACCAGUUGAAUAAUAUAAGAAACCUUAAUUAGGAGUUGAUUUGAAAUUAGCAUUGUAUCAACUAUCAAAAAAUUAUAGUACAGCAGCUGACAGAAAUUAGUUAUAGGAAACAGCUGAAGUAUUAGAGGAAAUUUUACUCGCGGUUGAAUAGGGCAAGGAGGAAUUGCCUGAAAGAGAAAAGAUUAAAUUCACUAAGGAUGUUUGGAACAAAGCCAAAGAAGACAAAAAGUUGAAAGAGUUAGAAGAAAGAGAACUUGAAAAGCAGAGAGAGGAAAAAAGGCUCAAAAGAAAACAUCAACUCUAAGAGGAAAUGGAAAAACUAAAGGAUGGAAAGAAGGUUUAAAUAGAAGAAACCAAGAAAGCUCAAUAUGAAAGAGAAAAGGAGGAAAAGGAAAAAGCUAAAUAGCAAAAAGAAGAGCUUAAGAAAAAAAUGGAAUAGAGGAAAAUCGUUACCGAGGACACUAAAAAGCUAAAGUUGGAGGAACUUUAGAAGUAGAAGUAGGAUGAGGAAUUUAAGAAUUUUUAGGAGAUUUAGGCUAAGAAGCAAAACUAGAAAGAGUUUAUGCAGAAGUAAAAGGAAAAACUUGGAUAGGAGUUUUCAAAGCGAAAGAAGGAGCAAGAAGAUACCGAGAAGGCUAAAUAAGAGUUUGAGGAGUGGAAAAAAGAGAAACAACAUAAAGUGAAAACAUAGAUGGAAUCUUAUAUUAAGUAAAAUAAAGACUCUCUUAAGGCAGAGGCAAGGGAAAGACAAUAAAUUAAGGAAUUUUACAGCCAACCAGAUGUACAGGCAGUGUUCAUAAAAUUUGAUAAGGCACUCGAGUACUUGUUUAAAUUUUAUGCAUCUUAGGACAAAAAGGAAAUUAGCUUCAAUCUUGGAUAGCUUAUGCAGAUGGUUAACUUUAAUGAGUUUAUAAAGUUCGGCUACUAAACCUAUAUUACACCUACAAUCGUACCUAAUGAUGACAUGGUAAUGAUAUUCAGAGCACUUGUAAGAGAGAAGAGAGAAGAGCUUUCACAGAAAGAAAUAGACGAGAUUGGUACAGGAGUGAACUCCCUUAAUUUAGAAGAUUUCAAGAAAGCUCUAAUUAGAAUAGCUAUUCUUGGACAAGAUCUUUUGGGAGGUAAAGGAGGUCAAAGAUUAGAGGCUAAAUUGCUAGAAAAGCUUGAAUAAAACUAAGGAAAGCCCCCAAAAAUUGCUACCAGAUCAAGAGGGAGGUCAAUUGUAAGCAGCGCAGCAACUUCCAAAAGAAAUUUACUUUAAAAAUAAAACUCAACAGCUGCAAUGGGAGGGGAUACUUAGGUUUCAAGAUAGCAGUCUUAAUCAAGGAAAACAAAAGAACAAAAAAUCAUAGAGGAUCUGCAAAAGGAAAAGGAGAGACAGGAGAAGAUGUUUAGUGUCAAAAUAGAGGAUAAAAGAAUGAGCAAGCCAUUUGAUGUUUCAAUCAUUUCAGCUCAUACGAUAGAAGGUUUAUUGAAAUUCAUCCAGCUAUAGCCAGAAGAUAACCCUCACAAACUAGAUAAAAAACUGAAUUAACAGAGAAUAGAAAUUCAGGGUCAGAAACCCAACAAGGUUAAGAAGAGCAUGGUCAUGUCUCAAAAGGACUUAUCUGAUAUGAAGAGUGGUCAAGAAGAUGGCUAAUAAGCACAGGGUGGAAGUAAUUACAAUAGUCUUCAAGAAGUAGACAUAAAUGAACUCAAUAGCGUGAGCGGAGUUGAGAUGGAAAAUAUAAUUAGUCCAGACGGUAAAAAAGAAAAUUGGGAAGUUAAGAAAUAAUAGUGA